AUGCCGCAGGUGUCUCAGCCGUUACCCGCGGCGGGCGACUACCUCGUCACGGCGUUUGCAGACAUGAUGCACACGCCAUCCUUCCGCAAGCACGUGUGGGCGAAGAUGCAGCAGGCGGAGCGGCGUCGGCUGGACGCACUGCGGCUGCAAGUGCUCUAUGGCGAUGCCCCAGCGACGUCGGCUGCGUCUGGAGGAGCCGCCAAGGCUGCCAGCGGAGCAACAGCAGCCGGCGCCGUGAACGUAGAGAGCGAGUCAACAGCCCAAACUUUGUCGCAGGAAACAUCCUCAUCUUCCGCCGCCUCCGGUAGCGCAGAUGGUACGGCGGACCCUACCUCUCGCGCGACGGCAGUGCUGAAGACGCCGUCCACGUCCUACAGCGGGAGGCCUGCGUCGACCUCGCGGCCGCCGGGACCGCUACGGUGGUUCGACGUCGCCGGACGUGCCCGAUAUUCGGCGUGGGUGGCACUGCGCGGCCGCAUGUCUGCCGACGUCGCCGCCGAGUGCUUCUGCGCCGAGUUUCUCGGCUUUAUAAAGAAGCAUCCGCAUCCAACGCUGCUGCCCCUCGUUGAGGCCACCCUAAGCACUGCCCGUGGACUUGCCCGUCGCAGCUGCGUCACGCCUCCUCGUCUGCUCGUGGCUCCAUCAGCCUCUACUGCUACAGCACACAGCACCGGCGCCGCCACCGCUCCGUCGCCGCCGUCCACGGUGGGACUCCAGGUACGCGCGUUGCAGGGAGACCCGGCUGCUCUCGCUCUUCUCUGGAUCUGCCGCGCCUAUCGACUGCCGUGCGAGUUUAUUGUUGAGCCGUUGUCCAAGGCCCUCGGGGCACGCACGACUGACGCCUCCACAAGUACCUCGUCAACGCAUGGUGCAAAGUGCGGCGAGGCCGCCGGCAGCCGCCCGACUGCACCGCCCACCACGAACCCGUACCUGUCCUACACCAUGGCGGAUGCGUGCUACCCGUUCACUGUAUCGCUGAUACAGCCCACCGGUGCUUCCGCAGGGGCGUCGCCACCGACAGUGGCUACGACCGUCACCACACCAGAAGCGGCGUUUGUGCUACUGACGGACACGUUUCUUGCCGACUACCCGCAUUGGAUGGGGGUACCCUCUGACCCGGCGAGCACUGCGGCGCUGUCGCCAGCGUCGCGCCUGCUCCAGCGGUGCGCCUGGUUGGACGAGCUGCAGCACAUCACGCGCCACGUGCGGACACCGAUACUGGCUCUCCUGGUGCACCAGGCUGCGCAGCCGCAGCGACUACGCCGUUUGAGCUCUUCCGCCGCUGCAGCGGAGCGUCGUCUUCUUCUCCGUGCCGUCGCGGCGCACCUGCACACCUAUGAGCGAUGGACGAUGGACCGUGUGCUGUCCCGCCGCGUCCAUCAGGCCCACAGGGUCCUCUCGCCCCUGCUGGCCUCCACCGCAGUUGUCGACUGCCUCCGACACGCCUACGCGCGGGAUGCAAAGGUCGUCAGUGCGGCGGACGCAUACGUGUCCAGCUGCGGCUACGCGUUGUGCACACACCCCUUCUGCGCUGACGUGUUCCCGUUUCUGCGAGUGCCCUCUGUGCCCGUGGCGACUCUGCACGACACUGUGCAAGCACAGUGGCCAUCCCCAGAACGGUCGCCGAGCGAGGCGCUGCCGCGACUGCGGACGGGGGGCAGUGUCACCGCCUCCUACGCGCCAUGGGCUCUGCCGCUGUACCUCUCCGGCAUCCCGGCAGAGUACAACAACACGAUCAACCGGCUCCUGCGCCGUGAGGCGAAUGGUGCCGUUCGACGGGAACAGCAUCAGCAGCCGCUGCGCCUGCUCAUCAACGACGAAGGCGAGGCGAAGGUCGGCCGCAGCAGCAGCUCCAGCGGUGGCAGUGGUCCCAGCGAAAAGGUUGAUAUGGCCACCACGGACUCACCGCAACAGCAACAGCAGCAGCAGCCGUGGCGGGCCGGCUACUAUGCCAUCAGCGGGUCGAGUAUCACGAAGGAGGCGGCCGAGGCAGUCGAGCAGCUUAUGCUCGCUCGCAUGUUGUCCUUGCGCACGGAUGACUUGAACCCCGACUCUGGCACUGCGGGCAGCACGAGCAGCGUGAGCGGGGUGCCGUUUCUUGUCCUUGCCCAUAUGUUUGCGCUGACGUGGGCGCUGUGUCAAGAGCAGGUGCCCGGCUUCCCGUACUUCAUGUUGGAUGGCAACCCCCAUCACUAUGGCGGCUUCUCGUUCCUGUCCGAGGACGCAGCGAAGAAAGCAUCGACAUACGGCUCUGCGCGCGCACGAGGGAGGUUUCAAGCCGCGCUGUCCCCUGCCCCGGCGGUCGCGAUCAUGACCACAGCAGACCCCGGCGCCUCGAUGUUGCCAGCGAUUGCCGGGCGUGCAUCCGCCGUGUCCUCCGCCUCCAGCCAGGACGGCGGUGUGAGUCUUGAGUCGCGGCUCAGGUACGGGUGGCGGGCUAUCACAGAGGCGCUCGCGAUGGGGACUGCGCGGCUCUCGGGAGUGCGCCGCUCUGAGGCUGAACCGACGGGCACCGAUGGGGGCGGCAAGCAAAGUGCUGGUGCGAACGCCACCCAAGUUCUGCGCAGUGAGGCGAAUUCUAUCGGUGCGGUGCCCUCAACAACGGCCGGCGCAGUCGUGGCGACGUCCCGGCUAUGA